UUGUAGCCCCAGCUCCAGAUAUUCGGCAUCAGCAAUCAACCCCUGUCCAGCCUAUUCACGUAGCUACAUAUCUCCAUAAUUUAUAAUAUUAGCAUGUCGGACUUUGAAUGGGAUUUCAAAUGGGUGGAUGAUGGCUAUGCCAAGGAUUUUGAUAACUCGGAAGACAUAGAAGAUUUUUUGAAGCAGUGGAAGAACUCCAUUAAGCAGACCGAAUUGGAGGGCGCCCUUGAGCUUUUCGACAAAGGUAGCUCCGAUGGCCUCGAUGGGGAGCACUCGGUGGGGAACAAAAAAUCUCCCAGCAUAAACUACUCUCAUGCUCUCCAUAGUCUUAAGAUUUCGGAGCAAAAAAAGCUUGCUCCACAGAAGGAAGUGUGCGACAAAAGGUCUAGGAACCCCAGCAUGUCAAAAAAGGUUCCACCGCAGGCCUAUAACUUUAUGAACAUUUAUUCGGAGCGCAAGGAUCAACUGAUCCGACAGCAAAAAGAGCAGGAGCGAAAACAGCGGGAAUUCCGCAGUCGACCAAUGCCGGACUUUCGCCUCGUACACGAACGCCAAGCCAUCAAGGUGGUCGUACACCGUGUCACCCAUCCUGUGACCCCCAAUGUGCUCAAGAAUUCCCUGGAGAUGGAAGCCAAGCGUCGGCUAAGGGUUGAGCAGCUCAGGAAGGAACGCCAUCUGGAGAACCAGUCCCAUCGCCUUCAGGCUCCGAAGGCCAAGGCCGUUCCUCAAAGCUCGCGUCGUCCUCUGAAACCGGAGAAUCGUCGCUCCCACAUUUCCGUAUUAAAGGUUGAGCCCUUCAACCUCUCUACUGAGCUGCGCGCCCAGCGACGUCGCAUCUACAACGAGGAGACCUCUAGAAUGCUAGAGGCUAGGCGCAGAGAGCUGGAGGAGGAGCGUCAGCGGGCGGAGCGGGAGGCCUAUCUCAAGCAGCGGCAGCUUACAUCUUUCCGAGCCAAGCCCAAUCCAUUUGCAGUCCCAUCACGUUAGGUUUUGAAAAUGUUUUAGAUUUCUGUUUAGAUGUUUUGUUUGUUAGAAAUUC